CGUGUAGCGCUGUACUGCUCGCUCGUUUAAAAAAAACAAAACCUUGGGUCUCUCUGCUCCGGCACGGAGGAGCUAGCCGUUGGUUAGCCAUCUGGAUGGUUGAAUUCGCUAACGCCUAGCUUAAUUAUUCCCUCUUUUCUUUUCCCCUGGCCUGCUCUGCUCUCUUGGUGCUCGCUUAUAUAGAGUCCGGUACUAUUGCUUUUCCCCCACACCAGAAAUCCCGACUCGUGAAAAGCAACGCCUAGCUAGGUGUACUAGCUAUAGGUGCCUAUAGGUACGAGGAGGGAGAGAUUGCAAACAAUUCCAAUACAGCAGUGCCGGGUUUGGAUUAGAUCCUAGAGAGUGUAGCAAUGGGGGUGGUGUGGAACAGCAACCGAUGCAGUGUUGGGUCAAGAGGUAGUGGCGGUGGGUUCAUCGUGCUUUCGCUCCUUCUCCUGCUUCUGCUGGUGCCGGCGCGGGGGCAGGCGUUGGACGGCGUGGUGAUCGCGCAGGCGGACCUGCAGGGGCUCCAGGCGAUCCGGCAGGCGCUGGUCGACCCCCGGGGCUUCCUGCGCGGGUGGAACGGGACGGGCCUGGACGCGUGCUCCGGGUCCUGGGCAGGCGUCAAGUGCGCGCGCGGCAAGGUCAUCGCGCUCCAGCUGCCCUUCAAGGGCCUCGCCGGCGCGCUCUCCGACAAGCUCGGCCAGCUCACCGCUCUCCGCAAGCUCAGCCUCCACGACAACGCGCUCGGCGGCCAGGUGCCGGCAUCCAUCGGCUUCCUCCGCGACCUCCGGGGCCUCUACCUCUUCAACAACCGCUUCGCCGGCGCCGUGCCCGCCGCGCUCGGCGGGUGCGCGCUCCUGCAGACGCUCGACCUCAGCGGCAACUCCCUCUCCGGCACCAUCCCUUCCUCUCUCGCCAAUGCCACUAGGCUCUACCGGCUCAACCUCGCUUACAACAACCUCUCGGGCCCUGUGCCCGCCAGUCUCACCUCUUUCCGUUUCCUCGAAUCCCUUCGCCUCAACAAUAACAAUCUCAGCGGUGAGUUGCCGUCCACCAUUGGCGAUCUCAGGAUGCUCCGUGAACUUUCUCUGAGCAACAAUUUGAUCAGUGGGAGCAUCCCUGAUGGAAUUGGCAACCUCUCGUCGCUCCAGAGUUUGGACCUUUCUGACAAUCUGUUGGGUGGUACCCUCCCUGUCUCGCUCUUCAGCAUUGUCUCGUUAGUGGAGAUCAAGCUCGAUGGCAAUGCCAUUGGAGGCCACAUACCUGAAGCCAUUGACGGGCUCAAGAACCUGACCAAGCUGUCCCUGAGGAGAAAUGACCUCGACGGGGAGAUUCCGGCGACGGUGGGGAACCUCACAAGGCUGUUGUUGCUCGACUUCUCCGAGAACAACCUCACCGGAGGGAUUCCAGAGUCCUUGAGCAGCCUUGCCAAUCUCAGCUCUUUCAAUGUGUCCUACAACCGCCUGUCAGGCCCUGUGCCUGUCGUUCUUUCCAACAAGUUCAGUUCCAACUCGUUCGUCGGGAACCUUCAGCUCUGUGGGUUCAAUGGCUCCGACAUUUGCACUUCCGCUUCACCUCCGGCGAAUAUGGCGCCUCCUCCGCUGCCUUUAUCGGAACGGCCGACCAGGAGGCUCAACAAAAAAGAGCUUGCCAUUGCAGUCGGAGGUAUCUCCUUGCUCUUCGCUCUCCUCUUCUGCUGCGUCCUCAUCUUCUGGAGGAAAGAUAAGAAGGAAAGCGCGUCGUCCAAGAAAGGCGCCAAGGACGCAGCAGCUGCCAAGGAUGUUGGCAAGCCGGGUGCCGGCAGCGGCAAGGGAAGCGACGCCGGCGGGGACGGUGGUGGCAAGCUGGUCCACUUCGACGGUCCGCUCUCGUUCACGGCCGACGACCUGCUGUGCGCGACCGCGGAGAUCCUGGGGAAGAGCACGUACGGCACGGUGUACAAGGCGACCAUGGAGGAUGGCAGCUACGUGGCCGUGAAGCGGCUCCGGGAGAAGAUCGCCAAGAGCCACAAGGAAUUCGAGACGGAGGUGAACGCGCUCGGCAAGCUGCGGCACCCCAACCUCCUCUCCCUCAGGGCGUACUACCAUGGACCCAAGGGCGAGAAGCUCCUCGUGUUCGACUUCAUGACCAAAGGCAACCUCGCCUCUUUCCUCCAUGCUCGCGCGCCGGACAGCCCACCAGUGAGCUGGCAGACGAGGAUGAACAUUGCGGUGGGCGUGGCGCGGGGACUGCACCACCUGCACGCCGAUGCAAGCAUGGUGCACGGUAACCUGACGAGCACCAACAUCCUCCUGGACGAGGACAAUAACGCCAAGAUCGCCGACUGCGGCCUGUCGCGUCUCAUGAGCGCAGCGGCCAACUCCAACGUGAUUGCCGCGGCAGGCGCACUCGGUUACCGCGCGCCAGAGCUCUCCAAGCUGAAGAAGGCCAACACCAAGACCGAUAUCUACAGCCUCGGCAUGAUAAUGCUUGAGCUUCUCACUGGCAAAUCACCGGGGGACUCGACCAACGGGCUCGACCUGCCGCAGUGGGUGGCCUCGGUCGUUGAGGAGGAGUGGACCAACGAGGUCUUCGACCUCGAUCUCAUGAAGGACGCGGCCACGGGCUCGGAGACCGGCGAGGAGCUCGUGAAGACACUGAAACUCGCGUUGCAUUGCGUCGAUCCUUCGCCGGUUGCACGGCCCGAGGCGCAGCAGGUCCUACGGCAGCUUGAGCAGAUCAAGCCCUCGAUUGCUGUCUCAGCCUCCUCGUCCUUUACCGGUGAGCCGAGCCAUACCACUGCCACCGCCACUACCAUCACCGACGAUACGAAAUCUACUGCCACAGAGUAGUCGGCCUCUUGCAGACUGAAAGUUCCAGCUCUUACUUACUUCAGCUUCCUAAUAAGUAGACUUCAGAUCAGAGUCUAUUUUUUCAGUCUGUAUAUAUAGUUUUUAGGGAGUAGGAGAAUUUUGGUACCCAUGUCAUUCUUUCAUUCCUGCAUUCUUUUGUAUCUGCCAGAAGCACUCCUUGUUAUCAGAAGAUGAUUUGGGAGUGCUGGCUUCUGCUAUGUUUCAAAUGGACCUUUAGUACUUGUCUGAACUCUGAAAUGCCAUUGUUUUUUUCUCUCUUUGAA